AUGGAUGUUUGAACGGCAGUUUGAGCAACAGUUGUUGCAAAGACAAUCUAACAAAAAAGACUUUUUGACUAUUGUUGAAUGAGAUAGUACUUCUAAGAUAUCACAUUUUGGUCGAUGACUUGGGAGAGUGUUGAAAUGGAAGGCAUACUUUCCUAUUUUAAGUAGAUAUGGCAGUUGAGAAGUGGGCGAUUUAGAAGGCAGGACUAUGCCUAAAGUGAAGACCAAUCACGUUAAAUACCCAGAAGGAUGGGAACUGAUAGAACCCACGCUUCGAGAAUUGCAAGCUAAGAUGAGGGAAGCUGAAAAUGAUCCUCAUGAUGGCAAGCGCAAAUGCGAGGCACUGUGGCCCAUUUUCAAGAUUGCUCACCAGAAAAGCCGAUAUGUAUUCGAUUUGUAUCACAGCAGGAAAGAAAUCUCGAAAGAAUUGUAUGAGUUCUGCUUGGAGCAGGGUUAUGCCGACAAAAACCUAAUUGCCAAGUGGAAGAAGCCGGGUUAUGAGCGGCUCUGCUGCCUACGCUGCAUGCAGCCUCGUGACCACAAUUUUGCUACAACAUGUGCGUGUCGAGUGCCCAAGCACUUGAGGGAGGAGAAGGUGAUAGAGUGCGUUCAUUGCGGUUGCAGGGGUUGUGCGAGCGGAGAUUGAUCGAUCACAUACUGAUGCGGGCAGCAUACAUGGCAGGUCUGCUGUUCUUUUUGUGAACUUAAUUUGCAUCACUUAGUUGGGUGGAGCUGACUAUACAUCAUUAGGCUUCCGAGAGCUUAGACUUUGCAAUGAAUGGAGCAUCAUGUGCUUAGCAUAGUCAAGAAAAACCGUCUCUGAGACGCAAGCACUGUUGACUUAUGUACGCUUCUUUAGGAGUUUCGCGUUGCCUUGUGCUCGCUUCAUCUUCCGACUUGCGCAUCCGGAAUCAUGUGGGAGUUCAUCAUCGGCGCAACCUCAAGUAUAUCGUAAUGUCAGGCUCUUGGACUCUGGC